CAAACCCAAGUGGGUGGAGUGCCUCUAAUCUUUGAACUCUGAAACCAAGCCCACACUUCUCAUAAUCCGCCCACUGGUUUCUCUCUCUCUCUCUAAAUCUUCUUCAAUAUAUAUACCCCUUUCCACCCCUCUUCAAUUUUCUCAUCCAAACAUCCUCCAAUCCUUCUUCACUUUUCUUCUUACUUUCCCUUAUUUUCUCUCCAAGUUCCCGGCCUCUCCGCGCCGGGAUUCGGUUACUUCAUCACUUUCUCGUCCAAUUUUCUCGGGAAACUUUCUUACCACCACCCUACUCCUAUCUUUUCGCAGCUGGAAGGACCAUAUUACCCAACUGAGAUAAGUAAACUUGGUUUACUGUUGAGGGUAAUAUUGUCAUUUGACAAGUAGACAGCCGUUCUUUUACACUCAUCGUCCAUCGAGCUGGUAGGAAAAGAAGAAAAGAAGGCUGAGAAAGUCAAAUGGAGAUCCAGGAAAACCACGAUCAAGCUUCGUCGGAGACGGAGAGCGUCCGGAGCGGCCGGGUGGGUUUCAGCGGCCCAUUAAGUGGUCCACCAAGCGGCCCUCCGAGCGGUCCAUUGCUUGGUAACAAAAAGGGCAGCAAAAAGAGCGCGAGAUUCAAAAGCGAAGAGUACGUCGAAAUUACCCUCGACGUCCGUGAUGACUCCGUUUCCGUCCAAAACAUCAGGGGCGGAGAUCUAGAAACUUCCAUGCUCGCCAGCCGCCUCGAGAGGCAGCGCCCCUCCCUCGGUUCUCAGCUCUCCUUCCGGCUCCGACAGGUCUCCCAAGAGCUGAAGCGCAUCACCUCCUCCUCCUCAAAGAGGUUCAACAAGGAUGACCGGAGCAAGUCCAGCGCCACCCGCGCCCUUAAAGGACUCCAGUUCAUGACCAAGAACGUCGGAAACGAAGGCUGGUCGGCGAUUGAAAAGCGGUUCGAUCAAUUAUCCGUCAAUGGCGCCCUCCCCAAAUCCAGCUUCGGCCAAUGUAUAGGAAUGAAGGAUUCGAAGGAAUUCGCGAGCGAGUUGUUCGACGCGUUGGCUCGCCGGAGAGGGAUUACAUCAAAUUCGAUCACCAGGGCGGAGUUGAGAGAGUUUUGGGAGCAGAUCACCGAUCAAAGCUUCGAUGCCAGGCUGCAGACCUUCUUCGACAUGGUGGACAAGGAUGAUGACGGACGCAUCACUGAAGGUGAAGUCAAAGAGAUUAUCACGCUAAGUGCUUCUGCGAAUAAGCUGUCCAAGAUUCAAGAACGUGCUGAUGAAUAUGCUGCUCUAAUCAUGGAAGAGCUUGAUCCUGAUAACCUUGGAUACAUUGAGUUACACAACUUGGAACUGCUGCUUCUGCAAGCCCCAAACCCAUCAACAAACCUCACUACAAAUAGUAGAAUUUUGAGCCAGCUGCUCAGCCAAAAGCUAGUGCCAACCAAGGAGCCAAACCCCAUCAAGAGAUGCUUCAGGGGGAUUGAGUACUUCAUCGAGGACAACUGGAAGAGAAUCUGGGUGGUGCUACUAUGGCUUGCCAUCUGUGCAGGGCUGUUCACCUGGAAAUUCAUUCAGUAUAAGAACCGGGCUGUGUUCGAGGUCAUGGGGUACUGUGUCACAGCAGCCAAGGGCGCUGCUGAGACGCUCAAGUUCAACAUGGCUCUCAUCCUCUUCCCCGUCUGCAGAAACACCAUUACAUGGCUCAGGAGCAGGACCAAGCUGGGGAUGGCUGUUCCCUUUGAUGACAAUAUCAAUUUCCACAAGGUAAUUGCUUUUGGAAUAGCCCUUGGCGUUGGAGUGCAUGCAAUUGCACAUUUAACAUGCGACUUCCCUCGUCUGCUACAUGCUACCGAGGAACAGUACGAGCCAAUGGAGAAAUAUUUUGGUGAUGACCAGCCUCGCAGCUACUGGUGGUUUGUGAAGGGCACUGAGGGUUGGACUGGUGUGGUAAUGGUGGUGCUUAUGGCUAUAGCUUACAUAUUAGCUCAACCUUGGUUCCGCCGCAACAGGCUCAAUCUUCCGAAAACCCUAAAGAGGCUAACUGGAUUCAAUGCCUUCUGGUACUCCCACCACUUAUUUAUCAUUGUCUAUGUUCUCUUCGUCAUCCAUGGCUAUUACCUCUACCUCACCAAGAAGUGGUACAAGAAAACAACAUGGAUGUAUCUAGCUGUUCCAAUUAUCUUAUAUGCAUGCGAAAGAUUAAUUCGGGCAUUCAGGUCUGGCUACAAAAGCGUGCGGAUCUUGAAGGUUGCAGUAUAUCCUGGAAAUGUAUUGGCGCUGCAUAUGUCGAAACCUCAAGGAUUCAAAUACACUAGUGGGCAGUAUAUGUUUGUAAAUUGCUCUGCUGUCUCUGCAUUUCAAUGGCAUCCCUUCUCUAUUACUUCCGCGCCUGGAGACGAAUAUCUAAGCGUCUAUAUUCGCACCUUGGGUGACUGGACAUCGCAGCUGAAAACCGUCUUCUCCAAGGCAUGUCAGCCUUCAAAUGAGAAUCAAAGCGGUCUCCUAAGAGCUGAUAUGAUGAAAGGCGAAAACAAGCCCAGAUUACCCAAGCUCUUGAUCGAUGGCCCCUAUGGAGCUCCAGCACAGGACUACAAGAAAUACGAUGUUGUCCUCCUCGUCGGUCUUGGGAUCGGUGCAACUCCUUUAAUUAGCAUAGUUAAAGAUGUGCUUAACAACGUCACGCAAUACCAAGAACUUGAAGAAGGCAUGACAGAGAGCAAUGGAGAAAGAGGGAACGCAAGAAAACCUUUUGCCACAAGACGAGCCUACUUCUACUGGGUCACUCGCGAGCAGGGCUCAUUCGAGUGGUUCAGGAGUGUGAUGAAUGAGGUGACGGAGAACGACAAAGACGGUGUGAUCGAGCUUCACAACUACUGCACCAGCGUCUAUGAAGAAGGAGACGCUCGGUCUGCCCUCAUUGCAAUGCUUCAAUCACUCCAUCACGCCAAAAAUGGCGUAGAUAUAGUUUCAGGGACUCGGGUUAAAACACAUUUUGCUAGACCCAACUGGCGAAACGUCUUCAAGCGUGUUGCAGUCAACCAUGCCAAUCAAAGAGUUGGAGUGUUCUACUGCGGUGCACCUACACUGACCGGAGAGCUAAAGAGGCUAUCUCUGGACUUUUCCCGGAAAACAGGCACCAAAUUUGAUUUCCACAAGGAGAACUUCUAAAUUGUUUUGAUUAUUAGUUCUUCGUCUCACUGUAAUCCAUGCAAUGUCUUUUUUUUAUAUCUUAAUUUUGGUAUAGAUAUGGUUCUCAGAAGAAAUAGAGCUGUAAUAUAUAUGUAUUUUUACAGAUUUGUAUUCUUUUUACAUCAAGCAUUAGAAAUCAUUCAGAUGAAAAUUCUUGUAAUCAAGUAUUUUCGAAUUAGGGCAAAUUGUGAGAAUAAUAACAAUUUUUUCUUUGUACUAUCAAUAAGAGAUAUCCCAAGAUUCACAAUA